UUCAUGUUAUUGUGGCCAAUUUCAUAGAUGUUGGUUGCCUUGUUGCUUUCUCUCCCCUCUCCUCUCACCCAAGCCAUUCUGCAUAAGCGAAGCUGUGGACGCAGCAUACUGCUGCUACACUUCAACGCGGGAAUGCGUAUAAUAAUAAUAAUAAAGCGCUUGCAAUUGCCUUGCAUGCGCUUUGUUUAUGUGUUCGUGUACGUGCUCCGCAGGACUUGUGAUUUUGCCUGACCUUCGAAAACAAUUGGACUGCCUGCCCUGGCAAGGGACUCUUAUUGCCUAGCUUCUUGUUAUGGCGGCAUCAACAGUAGCACGUAACGCCACUCGACCUGUCGUUGCUUCAAAGCUGCUGCUUUCUCGCUCCCGCUGUAUCAGUUCGACGUAUUGCCCAGCUGCACCGUGUAGCCGUGUGGUGAAACAGCAUACCGGUGCUCCCUGCUCAGUAGCUGUUGUCAGUACCAGGAGCUUGGUGAGGGUAGCGGACACAGGUAGUGGCGAGUACACUGCGUUGCUGGUGACACACCAUCACUAGCAAUGCCCGGCGUCACGCAGUGCAGCGCGUCACUAUUCCACUCCGCGUGUCACAACCGCAGCGUUGCAAGGGUUGCUAGCGCAAGUGCAGCGUCUCCAGCAGGAACAGCGCAGCAACGGUGGCGGAGCACUGAGCCCGGAGCAGAGGUCCAGAUUGGCUUCCGCUUGUCAUAUGCUGUGCGCUGCGAUCGGAUCAUUGCUCAGCACCAUCCCUUACUAUACUUGCUGCAGCAAUGUUCCCGCUACAAUGCUUACCCGGGUGUAGCCAGCAACGGACUGCGAUCUAGUGUAUCCAUAUUCUCCACGUGUACAUUGGCGCUUGAUGACAUCAUCAAGUCACUGCUUACGUCAUCGAAUACUAAGAGAGAUUUCGCACAGGCUGUGUCAGCACUUGAAGAACAUUCGGAGCUGCUCAGGGAUCACGCGCAGCUUUUUAGUCAUCUACGCUGUCGUGCAAGUGGACAAGACUGGCGACCUGAUCGUUGAUCAUACUCAGUUUCCGGACGACUUUCUGGACACUGCUGAGAGUAUGGAGCGGAGAAGCUUCUAUGAACGGUGCCUCGGCCUUCAUAGUGCCAGCUCUGAGCCUUCUAAGGCAGUCAUCAUUCACUUCCAUGGUGGAGGGUUUCUGGCGCAAACGUCACAGUCACAUGUGAGCUAUCUAAGCCACUGGGCCAACCAGCUCAACGUUCCCGUGGUGUCCGUUGACUACAUGACGGCCCCCGAGCACCCGUACCCACGUGCCGUCAACGACUGUUCUACGCGUACGCCUGGGUGCUGAGGAACGCCACCAGCCUGGGCACCACUGCCGAGAAAGUCAUCCUGGCCGGCGACUCGGCCGGAGGUAACUUUGUCUUCGGAGUGGCAUUCCUCGCUGCGCAGUACCAGCUUCGGAAGCCGUGUCUGGUUCUGGGAGCGUACCCUGCUCUGAAAAUCUCACUGGAUCUGUGACCGGCACGCUGCCUAAGCGUAAUGGAUCCGCUGUUACCCAUUGGAAUGCUGCGGGCAUGUUUGAAUGCGUACCGGGGGAGUGGCAGGUGAGAUACCAGUUCUUCUUUUCCUUGGAAAUUUCACUGUACAGUGCAUUCCUGGGAUUAGCAAAUUAGAAUUGGCAAACGUUGGCAUCUUUGGAUAGUGACAGCUGAUAAGAGGUGCAUAGACUGUCACUCCAAGUAAAAAUUCCUUCGGUGCAAAUAAGAUUGCCCAUUUCACAAUAUAUACCCUUACCUUGUAAUGUGAACAGUCGGCGUGGAGACAGUAACUUUUAAAAUUAUAGCUAAUGUGGUUGCGGUA